AUGAGUGCUGUGGGGGGGUGGGAAGCAGCAGGAGAGGGACAAGUGGGGGACGUGGAGACGUUGGGGGAGGCGGAAGCGGGGAGCCGGCGGGCGGAGGAGAGGCUCGAGGCAUUCCAAAGGACAGCGGCGGCUGCCGUGACGGCGGAGGAGGUGGGCGCGCUUGAGCGCGCGUACCAGGCGGAGUGGGCGCGGAGCAUGCGGGAGAGCGAGGCGCGACAGGCGCGACUUCUGGACGAGCUGGUGGGCGCGCGCAUGGCGCUGGCGGAGAGAGAGGAGGCGCUGGAGCGCGCGCGAGAGAGAGUCGCGGGGGGGGAAGCGGCGGAGAGCAAGGGCCGGGAGGAGGAAGGCGGAGAAGAGGCAGGGAAGGGGAAGGACGGGGCGGUAGGUAAGGGGAGUCGGGCAGGGGGCAAGGUGAAGGGGAGGAAGGGGAAGGGCGCGGCAGGGGCAGGGGGGGACGAGGGGGCAGGCAGCGUGCGCGCGUGCAGGCGGGCCGUGGAGGCGGCGCAGCGGCGCGCUGACGAGGCGGCGGCGGCAGUGGUGGCAGCAGGGCAGCAGGCGGAGGGGUGGCUGGCGCUCAUGUGGGAGGCACUGGGGGAGGCGAAGAGGAGGGUCCAUGGGGAGGUGGCAGGGGGCGCGAGCGCGGAGGGGGAGGGUGGCGAGGGGGAAGCGGGGAGGGGAGUGGCGGCGAUGGGGGGUGCGAUGGCGGUGGCGGGCAGGGACGUGCGCGAGUGCCUUGACCACCCCGGUCGGGUGCCUGCUGUGCUGCUCCGGUCGCUCAGACGCGCCGUGGGGGGUGGAGACCCCGCCGCCCCCACUGCGGCGGCUGCUGCUGGUGGUGAUGCUGGGCAGGGGGCGGAGGAGGCAGGGACAGAAGGGGCAGGGGGCGAGGGGGGCGUGAAGGCACUGAGUGCGGCGGAGGAGGCAGCAGCGCAUGCUCAGGUGCUGGCGUGGCACAAGUGGGCGGCGGAACAGCGGGCGGCGGCAAAGAAGCAGAUUGUGAGCAGCCGAGGCAAGGCCAAGGCGUUUGCUGCUGACAAGCAGGUCACCGCGUGCACGCCCUCUCGCAAAUCUUCCUUUCUCAUUUCCCCCCUGCCCUGCGCCCAACGCCAUGCUCCCCCAUGCGGCACGCGCAUGCAGGCGGAGGUGCUGGCAGCGCGCGACCGGGUGAUGGGGGAGGCCACGCUCAACACCGCCGUCACCUCGCCGCUGCUGGGCGGAGGGCCUGAGGGGCGGUGGGAGCUCACAGCAGCGGGGCUGUGGGAGGCGCUGUCGCACUCGCUGCUGUCGUCCGUCUCGCUGCGCCACGACCGCCGUGCCGCCCUGCUGCGCCUCAAGGCCGACCCGCGCCUCUUCUUCGUCGACCUCUCCGCGUGGGACAGCUGGCGCCACGCCACUGGCGGCACGGACGAGCUGCUGCUGCGCCUGCGGGCGGCGGGCGUGCCGACGCGCGUGGAGGUGAUGUGGGUGCCGGUGAGGGAGUGGGACCCCGCCUCGCUCUACACGCUGCCGGCGCGUGUGGUGGGGCACGCGGCGCACUCGCUGUCCUCAGCAGGGCCGGUGCGGGUGGCGCUGCAGUGGUACGUGGGCACGGCGGGCGAGGCGGCGGAGGAGACGUUUUUCCGCUUCGUGUGGCCGGCCAUGCCGCGCGCGCUCAAGGCGCUGCUGAAGCUGGACUACUCCGAGGGCGCGGCGGCGGGCGACGUGGUGGCGCUGGAGCGCAUGGGGUGGCUGGCCGCCGCUGAGAGGCGCUUCGCGAAGCGCAGCAGCAUGGCGGGCAGGUGGGCGUGGUGGCUCGUGCUGCCCGCCAAGGCCGCUGUCGCGCUCUUCCCCCUGCGCUGGGCCGCCCUCCCCGCCGCUGCCCUGGCGCAGCGCCUGCUGGUGGGCGCACCGGGGCCGGAGAGUGAGACGGCGUACAAGACACGGCUGGGGAAGGAGCUGCUGCGGCGCGUGGGCAAGCAGGAGGAGGACGAGGAGAAGGCGAAGAAGGAGAAGAAGGUCAAGGACUCCAUCCGAGAGGCCUUCGACCGCAUGAAGCGAGUGCGGAGGCCGGCGGUGCGGCUGAGUGAUUUCGCGGGGAUGGAUGCGGUGAAGGAGGAGGUGCAGGAGGUGAUCACCUUCCUGCGCGACCCCUCCUCCUUCCAACGCCUCGGCGCCCGCCCACCCCGGGGCGUGCUGAUAACGGGGGGCUCGGGCGUGGGCAAGAGCAGCUUGGCGCUGGCGAUAGCGGCGGAGGCGAGGGUGCCGGUGGUGGACAUCAAGUCCAGCGAUGUCGACCCGGGGGGGUUCGUCGGCCAGGGCGCCGCCAACGUGCGCGAGCUCUUCAAGAUGGCCAGGGACAUGGCGCCCAUGCUGAUCCUGAUGGAGGACUUUGAGGAGAUAGGCGGGGUGCGCGGGGCGGCCAUGGACACGCGCCUGCAGGACAAGGAGGCCAUCAUCAACCAGCUGCUCGUUGAACUCGAUGGGUUUGAGACACAGGAGGGCGUGGUGCUGCUGGCAAUCACUGACAAUCCAGCUGCUGUGGACCCAGCGCUGCGCAGGCCGGGGCGCAUGGACCGGGUGAUCGAGGUGCCGCUGCCGACGGCGGGCGAGAGGGAGAAGAUUCUGCGCCGCGCCGCCGCCGCCUCCAUGGACCCCCGCUUCCUUGACGCCGUUGACUGGCGCUUCGUGGCGGAGCAGACGGGGGGCCUGAAGCCGACGGACCUGAGGGGCAUGCCGCGGCGCAUCCUGCUGGCCGCUGGCACUGACAAGUUCUGUGAUGAGGACGAGCUGGCGGGCACUCUCAGCAUGCUGGAGCUGUACCACUGGGUGGUGCCUGCGCUGCUGCGGCGCGUGCCGGUGCUGCAGCGGUGGGAGAGCGGCGUGGUGGAGCGGCUGGGGCUGGAGCUGACCGCGGGGGACGUGCAGCGAGUGGUGGCGGACAUUGACUUCUCCUCGCUCACCCACCUCGGCAUGGACCUCACCCUCCCCGACACCGCCAAGCACCUGCUCGCCCACUUGUCACUGCACCUGCUCGCCCACUUGUCACUGCACCUGCUCGCCCACUUGUCACUGCACCUGCUCGCCCACUUUGUCACUGCACCUGCUCGCCCACUUGUCACUGCACCUGCUCGCCCACUUGUCACUGCACCUGCUCGCCCACUUGUCACUGCAGCACCUGCUCGCCCACUUGUCACUGCAGCACCUGCUCGCCCACUUGUCACUGCACCUGCUCGCCCACUUGUCACUGCACCUGCUCGCCCACUUGUCACUGCACCUGCUCCCCCGCUUGUCACUGCACCUGCUCGCCCACUUGUCACUGCAGCACCUGCUCGCCCACUUGUCACUGCACCUGCUCGCCCACUUGUCACUGCACCUGCUCGCCCACUUGUCACUGCACCUGCUCGCCCACUUGUCACUGCACCUGCUCGCCCACUUGUCACUGCACCUGCUCGCCCACUUGUCACUGCACCUGCUCCCCCGCUUGUCACUGCACCUGCUCCCCCGCUUGUCACUGCACCUGCUCGCCCACUUGUCACUGCAGCACCUGCUCGCCCACUUGUCACUGCACCUGCUCGCCCACUUGUCACUGCACCUGCUCGCCCACUUGUCACUGCACCUGCUCGCCCACUUGUCACUGCACCUGCUCGCCCACUUGUCACUGCACCUGCUCCCCCGCUUGUCACUGCACCUGCUCCCCCGCUUGUCACUGCACCUGCUCCCCCGCUUGUCACUGCACCUGCUCCCCCGCUUGUCACUGCACCUGCUCCCCGCUUGUCACUGCACCUGCUCCCCCGCUUGUCAUUGCGCCUGCGACCAAACUUGGCACCUCCCCUUCUUGCCUCAAGUUGCACCUCCCCUUCUUGCCUCAAGUUGCACCUCCCCUUCUUGCCUCAAGUUGCACCUCCCCUUCUUGCCUCAAGUUGCACCUCCCCUUCUUGCCUCAAGUUGCACCUCCCCUUCUUGCCUCAAGUUGCACCUCCCCUUCAUUGCUCCACUUCUUCCGCAUGCGGUGUGGGCAGCAGGGAGGUGCUGGCGGCGCUGCUGCCGAGCUUUGACCGCGUCGACAACAUCUGGCUCAACCCCAACAGCUGGGAGGUGCGCACUGCCACGGGCGGCAGGUGGGAGGUGUGCAUGGGGCAAGCGGGUGAGAGGUGUGCAUGGGGCAAGCGGGUGAGAGGUGUGCAUGGGGCAAGCAGGUGGGAGGUGUGCAUGGGGCAAGCAGGUGGGAGGUGUGCAUGGGGCAAGCAGGUGAGAGGUGUGCAUGGGGCAAGCAGGUGGGAGGUGUGCAUGGGGCAAGCGGGUGAGAGGUGUGCAUGGGCCAAGCAGGGCGUGGGGUUCACGCGCUUCACGCGUGCCGCCGACGGCUCGCUGGGCGGGGCGGACGGCGGUGCGGAGGCGGGGGGCGGCGUCGUGGUGAGUCGCGCGUACACGGAGCAGAGCCUGGUGGCGCUCUUCGGCUCGCACAUCGCCGCCGCGCUGCUGCUGCCCUGGGGGCACUCCAACAACCUCGCCACCCCGCAGCUGCAGCAGGCCUACCAGCUGGCGGAGCGCAUGGUCAUGGAGUGGGGCUGGGGACCCGACGACUCUCCAUUCAUCUUCCAAACCCACACUGCGCACAAGAGUCUGGCGUUGGGGCGAAGGCAGGAGGCGGAGCUGAAGCAAAGGGUGCAGCAGCUGCACGAUGCGGCGUUUGAGCGCGCGCACGCGCUGCUGGCGCGCAACCGGCGCACGCUGCAGGCCGUGGUGGACGCCCUCUGCACGCACGACGCCGUCGACCGCCAGGAACUGCUGCGCAUCAUGGCAGACACAUCAGCCGUGCCGGAGAACGAGCCAUUUGAGCUUUUCCCUUACAGCCACCCCACGCACAGGGCUGGCAUACACUUAGCUGCACGUACACAGGCCGGCAGGCUUGCUGCACUCAGCACCAACCUGCCCCAAGGAAUUCUGCCUGCGGAGGCAUCUGCCAAGUGA